GCCGAGUGUGUGCCCAAGUGGCGCUGCGUAUAAAUCAAACAAGUUUCUAUAAAAACGCGCAGAAGGAAAACGUCGAAAUCGGGCAAAUAAAAAAUGCCAAUGGGAAACAAAAAAUCAUAAAUAAAACAUAAAUUAUGUUUUUGGCAUCGCCAACAAAAAUAAAAUCCCAUAUUAAAAAAAAAAACUAAAAACAAAAAAACAAUACACAAAAAAAGCGCCGCGCAACAAACGAAAAUACAGAUAUAUUUUGAUUUUUUUUUUUAUAAAUAGAAAAAUCAAUUUCGCACGCAGCGCGCACUCAACACACACAAACACACAUCCAUACACUUGAACGCAUACAGGAGCAAGCAGCAAAGGCAGCCGCAGCAGCAGCAAAAAGAGAGAAGCGGCGGCGGCGGCGCUACUGGAGCUUGCUCUCAUUCUCGGUCUGGCGCUCUCUCUCACUCUCUCUCUCUCUUUUCAACGAUUGUUCGGCUGUUUGGCGCCUCGCUGCCUGCCUCAUUCGCCUGCCAGCUUGUAUGUUUGGAUGCGUGUGUGUGUGUCUAUUAUAAGCAAGAGUCUGACGCUCUGCUUUGGACAACGGCGCGGCGUUGCUUUGCGCUCUAUUUAAAUUAGUGAAAAUUGAAUAAAAAACACAAGACAAAAACGCAGGCAACGCAAAGAGACUUGUGACAAAAACGUAAAUAAAUGAAAAGAGAGGUGAACGCCAGCGAGUGAAAUAGCUAAUUGAGUUGCAGUCGUGUAAACGAGAAGGAGAUAUAUAUCUAACACAUAUAUAUGCACAGGUCGGUCAGCGGACGACGCAGAACGUGUCGAGCAACAAAUUAAUAAAAAAUUGAAAACAUACAAAAACAACUCGCAACGCUAAUAUCAAAGGCAACGUCAGUGCUGUCGCCGUCGCAGUCAACGUCGUCAACAACAGUCGCAGUCGCAGUCUCAGCAGCAGCAGCCUCAGUCGCCGCCGCCGCAGUCGCAGCAACAGCAGCACAGUCAGAAAAUGGGCUGUGGACAGAGCAAAAUACAUUUAUAUCCCAGGAAAUCGAAGAGUAAAGCAAAUGGCAAGAAAGGAGGACAUGCCGAUUCAGAUGCGGAGACGGACGAGGACGAAGGCCACAUUGAGGAUGCUGAGAAGGCACAGCAACGUGAGCGCGAGAAGCAUGACGAGAGCGAAGAACAAAGCAAUAAGGACAUACAGGACACCGAGGAGGAUGUGGCCGUCUCACUGCUGCGUGCCAAGAAUCUAUCGCUGCUGCAAAGCCAAGAAAUCUCAUCAAGCCAACAGAACUUCUUCCGCAUGCUGGACAAGAAGAUCGACGAGGGACCGGAUUAUGAUUCGGCCAGCGAGACGGAAAUUGCCUUGGAGGAGGCACGACUGAAUGCGCUGGUUCAGCAUUGGGAAAGCGCCAGCUUGACCGCCUCCAUCUGCUCCUCGGCCAGCCGAUCGCUGCAGACGACGCCCAUACGCCAGGUAGUCCAAGUUCCGCUGAAGACGCGACCGACGGCAAGCGGUGUUGCUGGUCAUUUGCUGCAGCCUUCGUCGGCCUGCAAUACGCUGACGACGACAGAGUAUCUACCUCAGCACGUCUUGGCGGGGCGACAGCAGCAGCAGCAACAACAACAACAGCAGCAACUACAACAGCAGCAGCUACAACAGCAGCAGCAACAACAGCAGCAGCAACAUCAAGCGGCCAAUCUUUACCAGCAACAGCAGCUGAUACUGUUGCCACAGCUCGAUGCCAAUCUUGUCAAUACGUCCAAUGCGAAUGCAGCGGCAGCCGCACAGCUUGCCCAGCUGCAACAGCAGCAGCAACAGCAGCUGGUCAUGUACCAGCAACAUCAGCAACAGCAACAACAACAGCAGCAGCAACAACAGCAACAACAAUUGGCUGCCUAUGGCGGACAUCUGCUAACGUUGCCGGCGGGCGCCAAACCGCAAAGCGUCAGCCCCAAGCGGUUGCUCUAUGGUGCCGUGCCCUCGCCACCGGUUAGUGCUCCUGUGCAGUACAUUGCCGCCAAUUCUCCGCUGAUGCAGACGGGCGUUACGGGUUUCCUAAAUGGCGCCGGCGCGACAGCCGGACGUGCCCCAUUGCAGUUGGCGUACUAUGGCGCUCCGAGCACUGCCCCCCAAGUUGCUGGUCAAGCAGCGACCUCUGUUCCCAUUGCCUCCGAAUCUUACGAAUCACAAACCGCUCCACACAGCCAAAGUCAGCAGCUGCAACAGCAGCAGCCGCAAUUGCAGUCGCUACAGACGUUGCAGUCGUUGCAGCCGCAAUCAUCGCAACAGCCGCUGCAACAACAGCUGCAGCAGCAACAGCAACAACAACCUCCACUCCCAACGGGCGCUUACUAUGGCGAAGUUAUGCACUCCGUGCAGUCGACGGCGCCACCAACGGAAUACAAAUUUCCGCCGGCCAUCAGUGUGCAGCGAUUGGCGCCCCAAGUGCAGCGGCAGCUGCGAGAGACGCAGGAACUCAUAAAAGACUCGUGUCCGCAGCUGUAUGCGGCGGGCUAUGGCAGCCCAGGACCACCGAUACGCAAUCCCAACAGAAAUCCAACUAGAACUAGACCCACCCUGGAGACGCAGUUCUCGCAGGAACUCUCGUGAUAUCUAUAUAUGUAAAAAGCAAGCAAAAACCGUAGCAAAAAAACAA